CCGAGUGAGUUAUCCUCUUUUUUGUUGUGUUCCGUUGCACCGCCAUUGUGAAAAGAACUUCAUUCAAAUCCUUUGAUGAAACUUUAAACUAAACUGUAAGCCCAUUACUGAUUCCCCUAAGAGAAGAUAAUGCUGCUGACCUUUGCUCCAGAAGCUUAGAGAUCUUAAAGUCCUUUAGAGACAUUUUAUCAAAAUCGUGGACUUCACAAUGAAAGCAUUUAUUAAAUUGAAACCUGCCUCAGUUUGAGACGAUUGCGUGACGUCCUAUUCGUCAUUGAAACAUUUGGUAGUGAAUGCGAUUUCUUCAGCCCUUAUUCGUCAUGAAUUGACGCCUUUGCUCACUUGCUUCUUGGGAACAAUCAAAUUUAUUGCCGUGACGGACCGCCUAAUGGCUCUAUGUGUUAUGUUGCAAACGGGGAUUCGACUAGAAGUCACACGAAGUCCAAAUAUAAUCAUCGCAGAGAUGAAACAGUCAAGUUGGCAGAAACCACUUCUCUUCGUUACGACUUCGCUACUCUUGCCAAUCUUCUACGGCCAUACGCUAAUGACGUCUCUGCAACACUUUCGGACAGUUGUUGGUGUCGCUGCGGAGUCUAAAUGGAUAACAUUUCUUCAACUUGUUGGGACUGACGAUUGGAAUUUGUACGUCUGGGGUAUUGUGCUGUCUAUCCAAAUUCCAUUUUGGAGUGUUGGCAUCUUGUUCGCUUUUCUGGACUACUACAACUGGCCCAAAUGGAUUAUGAGAUACAAAAUUCAGCCAGGUACCAACGAGCCAGUCGACUUAAAUAAACUUACCGAGACCAUCAGAGUAGUACUAGUCAAUCAGUGGGUCAUCGCUUUUCCACUGCUCAUCGCCACCUACUAUUUCCAGAAAAUGAUUCACCGAAUGCCAGAAAUUCAAGAGCUGCCGACCGUCGAGCGCACGUUAUUUGAUUUUUUGGUCUUGUUCCUUUUUGAAGAGGUCGGAGUUUAUUAUGUGCACAGACUGAUCCACCAUCCCAAACUGUACAUCCGAGUACACAAGAAACAUCACGAAUGGCGCGCACCUGUCGCCAUAGCCUCCAUGUAUUGCACCGGCACGGAAUAUUUCUUGCUCUUGAGUGCAGCAGCUGUGGGUCCGCUCCUAAUGAACCCUCACAUACUCACUUUGUGGGUGUGGUACGCUUUUGUUCACCUGAGGAGCGUGAAUGAACACACGGGCUACGAGUUCCCGUGGUUGCCAACUGCCGAGCAUCACAACUACCACCACAUAAUCAACAAUGCCUGUUACAGUCACUCCUAUUUCCUAGACUGGCUCCAUGGAACGGAUAAAGGUUUCCGAUCUUACAUUCGCAAGAAGUCUCAUAUCAAGUAGGUUCUAUCAUAAAUCAGACACGGGAAAUUCUUAUGAUUAAAGUCUUGUGCUUCAGAAUUAAACUGGUAGCAUAUUUAAUUUAUUCGCCACCAUAUUGGCUCUGUAGUAGGCCUAACACAUUACUCACAAAACACAUCUAGAUAUUAGUUAUUCCAUUCUAUUAGAAAUGGUCUUUGUACUUGUACAUACGAAGAGAGCGAAGCAUUGAUCAAUUAUAUAAUCCAAUUCGGAAUUUCGAUGGUGUGACAUCAGCACUACCAUGACGUAGAUAAUUCAAGUUAUUCGGACUCGCCUGACUAUGUGGAGUAUUAGUAGGUCUAAAAUGAUAUAACGGACAAUUCUGGAUAUCAAAACUAAACCUUCGCCAAGACUGCGCGGAGCAGACGUAUUAUUGUUUCGUAUUACCGACUUUAAGGACUAUACGAUGGCAGACACGAGUAGAAAUUCGAUGAAGCCUCCCUGCCGGCUCCAUGUGUGUGAAAGAAAUGUGACUUAUUUAAUUGUU